AUGGAGCAUAUAAGGAAAGCACAGAUGGAUGCUCAAAAGGUGUAUAAUAUGGUUGAUUGUGGCCCAUGUAGAAGACUGAAGGAGAGACAUCACUCGUGCCUGAAGCUUUUGGUGGUUUUUGUGGCUUUGCUGUUGGACAACAUUUUUGCGGCAGUUGUAGUUUCAGUUAUACCGAAAAUGCUUCAUGAGGCCACACUUCACACCAGAAUUGCUGCUGCUGAUAUGAACUCCAUUUCUGGGUCACCGCCAGUUUCUGUUGCGCUUCUGAACCUUGGAGGAGCAGAGAACAUCACCUACUUUAACAGAAGCUCAUAUCAGGAGAAGAUCCAGAACAAGACAGAAGGUUGCGACAAAAAUACAACCAACUCACAAACAGAGAAUGAAGGAGGUGAUCUGCUCCUCUCAGUCAAAGCCCUUCUGCAGCUCUUGAUGAACCCAUUAGUGGGUGUGAUGAUUGAAAAGACUGGAUAUGAUCCCCCUAUAUUUUGUGGAGUUAUCAUCUCUUUUCUGUCUACUCUCACAUUUGCUUUCACGUGCUCUCAGCCAUCUCUCAUUUUUGCUGGAGCAGUGCAGGGCCUGGGAUCAUCCUUCUCUUCUGUUGCAGGUAUGGGCUUGGUGGCAACUGAAUAUACAGAUGACAGUAAAAGAGGACAGGUUAUGGGAAUAGCAGUUGGAGGUAUUGCUUUGGGGCAACUUGUUGGACGUCCCCUUGGUUCUUUCAUGUAUGAGUCUGUUGGAAAAAUAUCUCCUUUUCUAGUUCUUGCAACUUUGAUUGUUCUGGAGGGAGGUACUCUCUGUGUAACUAGCUUGGUUAUUGGUGUAUUGGAAUCUUCUAUUCCCAUCUGGAUGAGGAAAACAAUGUGUGCUACCAACAGGCAAAUUGGUUUGUCUUUCUUGCCACAAAGUGUUGCUUACCUCUUAUGCUCAAUCCUUUCUGGAUUCCUGGGAAAAAAGUUGGGGAGGUGUCGCUGCAGUCUUCUUGGAAUGGUCUUAAUGGGAAUCAGCCUGAUGUGUACGCCACUUGCUACCGACAUUUAUGGACUGAUCGGACCCCGUAUUCUUCUAGGCAUAUCUCUUGGAAUUUUGGUCUCGCCUGUGAUGCCUAUCAUUGGACAUCUAGUUGACAUACGCCACACUUCUGCUUAUGGUGCAGUGUAUGCUAUUGCUGAUAUGGCUGUCUCUCUAGGAAAUGCAAUGAGUCAUCCUAUUGCUGAGGCUCUUGUUCAGAAGAUUGGCUUUCCUUGGCUCAUGGUCAUCUUUGGUGGUCUAAGCCUACUUUGCUCACCACUCUGCAUAUUACUGUGCAAGCCACCAACCAAGGAAGAAAAGAGGGCUAUCCUCAAGCUAGAGUGCUCAGUACAGACGAAAUCCUCCUUCUCUCUGAACCAAUUCGACUCUCAGACAACAGUUACCAAAAUAUUUUUGUUUCCUGCAAGAAAAAAAGACAAACCCGCAGUCUCUGGAGAAGUCACUUCCAGCAUUCAAUAA